CUUCCUGCAGCCCAUAGAGGUAGAAGUCAGCCAGGACGGCCUGGAAGUGAACCAGCGACUGCACCAGGACUCCCAGCAUGGAGCCGAUCGCGACGUGGAACGAGGAGAGAGUCUGCGAGUGGCUCCAAGGUCUGGACGCCCCCCUGCAUCAGUACCCGAUCCCGGAGUGGCAUUUGUCGGGUCUGGAUCUGCUCCAGCUGACGUGUCAGGACCUGGGGAGCCUGGGAGUGCAUAAGAUCGGACACCAGGAGCUCAUACUGGAGGCUGUGGAGAAACUCUGCACUCUGACGUACGGCAUGGGUGGUGAGAACCUCCGCGGUCUGACGGAGAAGCUGCGUGCCGUUGCCCACAGCCUCCAGAUGGGCAUCCAGGGCCGCUGGCGCCUCAACAGCUACGACGGACGCAGCGCCACCAAGCUGCCGGUCGCCGUUCUGCAGAUCGUGGUGGAGCUCAUCACCUCUGCCAAAGGACUCUUCUCUUUGCUCAACAGGUAUCAAUUUACCCAGCUCAGUGGAUACACCACCACCAAGAACAUAUUCAGCUACUGCAAAGAGCUGGGAGACAUUGUCCACAAGAAUACCACUGUCUACGAAAAGGAAAAGGACAUCAUCUCUGUAUGCCGUCAGUUGGUGUCGGUGUGUGAUGAGAUCCUGAACUCCAGCCCCGAGGGGCUUCUUACCCACACUGCUCAGCUUGAGAGUGUCGACCUAGUGCCUGUGUCACCUGGUGAUCAGCUGGGGAUCGAGAUAACGUCCACCAGCUCCUUUAAUCACUACGUGACCGGAACUGCUGCUGAGCCUACAGCUGAUGCCUAUCUGAAGAUCUUGGCUGGUGAUGAAGUGAUUCAAGUCAACGACCAGAUAGUGGUGGGCUGGAGCAGAGCUAACCUGGUGAAGAAGCUGAAGGAGAAUCCCAACGGAGUGACGCUGGUCCUGAAGAAGAUUCCUGGGUCAGGGCGACGCAAAAACACAAUCCGGCUCUCCUCCACACAGAAGGAGGAAGAGGAGAAAGAAGAGAGGUCAGAGGAGGAAGAGGACGAGGAGGACAAUCCGAGGCACUCUAUAUUUGAGAGGGUAGCAGCUUCUGUCAGGUCCCUGUCCUUUAGGAAAGCCGUUCACGGGCCAGAAGUGCAUCAGCAGCCUGUGGGACAGGAGGAAUCAGAGCUGUCCUUUGACAGGGAGUUGGAGGGAAAUCAACAAGGUGGACUGUCACCGCUAUCAGCCUCAGGGGAGUUUGAGAGUUUGGGAGGUUCAAGGCUCUCCCCAAAACCAAGACUCUCCCCAAGACCAGGACGAGACCGGUCUCCGUCGCUUAGAAGUCCUUCUCCCUUUGGAUUUGGCUCAUUCAGAAGUCCUUCACCUCAGUUAGUCGACCAGGACACAGCCAGCAUAAGUUCCUGUCCUGAAAUGGUGGGACACACGGGCAACAAGGAAACAAAGAAGAGCUCUACAAAAGGAUCGUCAACGGCUAUGAGUCGGCGCCGUGUGUCCUGCCGCGAGCUGGGCCGACCCGACUGCGACGGCUGGCUGUGGAAGAAGAGGAAGGAGAGCAGCGUCUUCCUCGCCCAGAAGUGGCAGCGCUUCUGGUUCGUCUGCAAGGGGCCUUCCCUUUACUGGUACACCAGCCAACAGGAUGAGAAGGCCGAGGGUUUUGUCAACAUAGCCAGCUACAACAUAGAGAGUGCUGGAGAGCACAAGAGAAAAUACGUGUUUAAAAUGUGCCACCAGCGAUUUCACAACUUCUUCUUCGCAGCUGAAAAUGUCACUGACAUGAGCAAGUGGAUUAACACUCUGAUCACAGCCAUACACAAGCAUAAGAAGUUCACCGCAGGCCCAGAUAGUGAAGAAGAAUGUUACAGCGAGACUGAAUCAGAAGGCGAGACGUCACCAACACCCCGCAGAAGAAACAAGAAGGUGCAGUCCCACACUCUGCCUCGCCCCAAGGGGAAGACGAAGAUGCCGUUAGUGAGUCCUGUGACAGGGGGCAGCAAAGGAACAGAAGGAGGACCGGUGGACGAGAUGGGCAUGAUGAUAAACAACAUAAAGGAAGGAGGAGUCUCUCUGAUCGGCCACGAGCAGCCGUUCACACACGACCACUUCAGGAAAUCGUUCAUUCGACGCAACAAGAACCCCAUCAUCAAUGAGAAGGCGCAUACGCUCCGAGCCCUGCAGAGCACUCUAAAGGCCAAAGAGCUGGAGCUGCUGCAGAUCAACAAGAUCCUGGAGGACUCUGAUCUGUCAGCGUCAACGUAUCGGCAGUGGAAAGAGCAGAACGAGGAACUAGUUAAGGAAAUCGAGAGACUGGACCCACACAAGGCCUCCAAAGGAGCGAACGACGCGGCAGUGCAGGACGACGCGGCAGUGCAGGACGACGCAGCAGUGCAGGACACGCCCGCCGAGGAGGUUGCCUUGGAAACUGUCGCCACGGAGACAGCCGCCACAGAGACAGCCGCCACAGAGACAGCCGCCUCGGAGACGGCCGCCGAGGAGACAGAAGGCGCAUACAGACUGAGCCUCAGUGAAGGGGAGCAGCUAGUGGACGCAGAGCCGUCUGACGUUGUCCUGGAGAUCCCACAGGGUUCUCCGAGCGCCAGCCCGUUGUUAGAACUCUCUCUGGGGUCGCUGCAGGAUUCAAUUAACAAACAGCUGAGUGAAAUGGUGGAGAGCGGAGAAGUCACCGAGAACUAUUUCUACAUAUAAGACCACAUGCUGGGACAGUCAACGUCAAUGGUCUGUUUACCAGAAUCAGACAAAUGGAAAGCGUUUGUGACUGAGGUGCAUUUCACUGCGUCCUCUGCUGACAUUAGGAUUAGUCCAAAUUAGGGGUGUAAAUCACAAGUUUCUUCACAAUAUGAUAUUAAUGGUGCCUUCAAAUGAAACUCGUGAGCUAGUGUUUACAACAUGGGAAGUCGUGUACACAAAAUGCUUGGCGUUCAAGUGGUCAA